AUGGGUCAUAGUCAAUCGUACGACUUGCGGAAUCCGGAACCCGCGGUGAAGGGCCAGGAUACGGUACGCGGGGUGCGCAGAGUUUCCAAGGAGCACCAGACGGACACGCAAUACGUAAGUACCGUAAUCUUCGGCACAUUCAGUGGUGAUCCACGUACAACGCGUAUGAUUCAUCAAUUACAGGCAGUGGAUGGCAUCGAAACUUUUGACUAUCGUGAGGAGGAGCUCCGCGAUCGAAUCCGACGGGAACAGUUGAGAAAACGGGAAGAGGAGCUCGAAUCGUUGAGGAUCCGACACCACGAAACCCGUGAGGUAGGGUAAAAUUGAAAAAUUUGGGCUAGGACUCGAACCGGGCAAUUUUAUAGUGACCGGCUGAGACACCGUUUAUUCCAGACGCUAUAUCUCAGCUGCCAGUAAAAAUAUAAAAACAUUGUCAACAGAUGAAAUGCUCAGAAGGUCUCUAUGCACAUUUUAUCUGUUGACAAGUUUUUGAUAUCUUUACUGGCAGCUGAGAUAUAUCGUCUGGAAUAAACGAUGUCUGGGAGCGGUAGUUCAACUGGAUAGGCACAUGGAUCCAGAGGUUACAAGUUAAUUUUGUUUUCAGCCGAUAAUCGAUGCGUACCGUCAAACUUCGACUCAACCGGCGAGCUACUCCGAGUUCAACUAUUAUGAUUCUCUGAAACAUCCGCAUCCCGUGGACCCGACCACCUAUUUCUCUCUGAAACCGAGAAGAGAAGUGAAUGACGGGCGGAUGUACCCGUUGCCAGUCAGGUCGAUGACGGUGGUGCCAGCGGAUCCGGCUCCUGCUCCAACCAGGGACUAUCCUGGACGGUCCCCAAUGUUCUCCGGCCGUCUGUCCCCUCUGCCACGUCAUCCUGAAGUCGAACCCCAUCCGAUUCCACGUUAUGUUCCGGCGAUGAGCGUUCCGAGAUACGAAGAUGUUCCAAUUGCGUCGGAAAGACAAGGACCCUUACCGACCGGAACCUACUCGAAGACUACCAUGGUUUCUACGUCAACCACCUACAAGUACGCCCCUAGGACCCCCGCAAGAUACGACGAAGUGCCGAUUGUGAGCCACUCUGGGACCAGCACCUAUUCGAAAGCCGCAAAAGUUCCGAGAUAUGACGAGGUGCCGGUGGAAGUGACCCAUUUCAUUCCGAUCUCGGUGGUCCCUAAAGAACCGAAGCAUCUGGAGCAAGUUCCUCUGGAGAUGGAAGUUCCUUUGGUCCCUCUGGAUCGACAUGUUGUGCUCCGAGAGCAUCCGAGAUAUGCGCCGAAAGAAAAGGAGAAGGAGGUGACCCCAGUCUACCGUAAUGUGCCUGUCAAGAUCUCUGCGGCUCCUGCUCCGGCUCCACUUCCAGUUGAAUCUCUUCAUAAACAACCAGAAGUCCCCAGGACCCCUCUGGAUCAGUAUGUCCGUCAGGAACCGGUCUACCGUACCCCUCAAAAUGCUGCUCCUGUGUUCCGUGAUGUUCCUGUCAGUUCUUCUCCAGUGGAGCCCCCAGUCGAACCUCCAACUCCUCUCCACAAACAACGAGAAGUGUCUAGGACCCCGCUGGGACACUAUAUUCAAGAGGAACCCGUCUACCGUACCCCCACUCCUCAAAGUGCUGCUACUCCUCCCGUCUACCGUACUAUGACACCAACUGCCGUAACGCCGAGACACCAGGAAGUCCGUAUGACCCCUCUGGGCAACUACAUCAUCCCGCAGCAUCCGGAAAGCCCCACUCCCACCCAUACCUCGGAGAUUCACGCCGAGAAACCGAUGAUAGUUGGGUUGGAGGAGCCGGAACCGAAAAACCAGCACGUCACCUAUGUUACCGUAGCCACCGAUCCUGAAUUCCCGGCCUCGCCGAAGCCCCAGACCCAUCAAAUCAUCCUCCUGGAGCGUCUUCAUCGUCAACCGGAAGUUGGUAAGCAUCCGGUUCACUCGAGGCCCAGCCAGAGCAGCUAUGAGCAUCAAGCACCGAUUAGAAAGCAGUUCGUACCUUCUCCGUCUCCGGCUCCACCUCAAACCCGCUUCUACAUCAACCAGGAGACACAGUACUCGCGAAGACCCUCGGAAGACCUCCACGCUCGAAACAUUCUGGAGCCGCAGAAAAAGUGUGAAGUGGAGCACUGUACCCACGUGGAAGUGCACGGUACUCCGCUCAUUGCGAAGAGACGUGUCAGCCAGGAUACCUGGGAAAAGGUGGGUUACAUGCCUAGCAAAAAAUGUAUCCGUCACUAUCAUUGUUUAGGAAAACCGUUUGACAAUCUUUGUCAACGAGCCAGAGCUGGAGAACGUGAUCGAUUUGGCGCGAGAUGAGGACGUCGGACCGGUCACUUCACAGUCCAGACGAUGCUUCGAAGAGGUCAGAAUCCUAGGCCAUUAAACCUUUAUCGAUAACUUUUUGCAGAAGCUCUACUACAACGGUUACAUGCCCACCUUGUCACUCUCUCGCCGUCCUAUCGUCAGUUUCUACGAUAAACUUCACUAA